GGAGACAGAGGACAUCCGCUGGUCCAGCGUGCCUGCCAAGCUGUGCUGGUUGUCAUUGAGUUGUCGAGGGAGUGCUGGAGGGAGCAGAAUCCGAUACUACAUCUUUGAGAAUACAAUCACGUUCUAUAUUCAGUAGGGAAGAAGAAAUCUUUGUUAGGGGCUUGUUUUACUGUUUGCAGGGUAGCAUUCGCCGGCUCAGACACACGAGGGAGAUUCUGCUAAUAGAAACUGACUUGUCCGAUAGCAACGUAAAGAUGAACGAGACGGAUAGUGUCCCCCUAGAUGAGUAUGAAUUUGAGAGGUUUUUCGACGAAAAGGCGGCAUUCGAAUGGAUGCAGGAAAAUUGGACACAGUCGUUUGUGGUAUGUGCGAUGUAUGCAGCGGUGAUCUUUGCUGGCAGGCUUUACAUGCGAGAGAGGCCCAAGUUGAACCUACGCGCACCUCUGGUUCUGUGGUCGCUCAGUCUGGCUGUGUUCAGUAUAAUUGCCACACUGAGGACAGGAGGCUACAUGCUGCAUGUGCUAUGGAAGCAGGGCUACAGGCAGUCUGUGUGUGACACCAGCUUCUAUAGCGCCCCCGUCAGCAAGUUCUGGGCAUACAUGUUCGUCCUCAGCAAACUGCCUGAGCUGGGUGACACGGUGUUCAUCGUACUGCGUAAGCAGCGCCUGAUCUUCCUGCACUGGUACCACCACAUCACCGUACUCAUCUACUCCUGGUACUCCUACAAGGACCGCGUGGCCGGUGGCGGCUGGUUCAUGACCAUGAACUACGGCGUCCACUCCAUCAUGUACAGCUACUACGCAGCCCGCGCCGCCGGCCUGCGCGUGCCCCGACCGCUCGCCAUGGUCAUCACGGCCUCGCAGAUCAUGCAGAUGGCCAUGGGCCUGGUGGUGCUGUUGUCCGUGCACCUCUGGCUCGACGAACGCGUCUGCCCGAGCAACAUGCGCAACAUUGUCUCGGGCACCGUCAUGUACCUCAGCUAUCUGGUGCUCUUUGUCUGGUUCUUCUACAAGAACUACGUCAAGAGCGAGAAAACGACGACGAAAGGGGUCAAGGCUGAGUAAACCACCCCACCCACCCCCCAACCAGGAACAUUAUUACCAGUAAUAGCCCCCCUCCCCCACCAAUGAUAGAUUUUCCACCCAAGACUUACUCUAUCUCAAACCACUGACCAACAAGAGGCCAGUGAUGGCUGUAGCAUAUUAGUCAUGUUUCCAUAACCUCCACCACCACCACCCAACUCCCUUAGAAAUGACACAAUUUUAACCAAAACCUCACCUAUCCACUCAGCAGUAUGAUCACUUUUAAGGAGAGGACCCUAUGAGAGGACCAUGAAGAAGCCUGUCCACAACCCCAUAGAGACAUUUUCAUCUAAGAGGAGAUGAUUUGGACUCACAGCUGGGCCACAUCGGGUCCGCGACUGAAGCGCUCCGUUCGUGGAGCGUAAAAAUAGUUUUAGAGGACUGGUCUAAUAAUUUUGGAAUGUACGCACUGCUAUCACAUCUGAUGUAGCCAGGUCUAUUGAUUAUAGUGGAAGCUGAUUGGUGCAGCAGACGCCCCAUGGACAGAACGCUUCAGUUACGUGUCUGGUGUUUCCUGGCUGUUAGAAAAGACAAUGCCAUUUAAGUGGACGCCAUUGGGUAAAAAUGUAAACAUGUAAACAAAGCCUUCUCCACAUGUGUGUGUGUGUGUGUGUUGGCAGGAGGUCAUGAUGAAAGUGUGUUUGAAGAUAUGGUAUGUGUGUGUUUGAAUGUACGCACACCUAUGUCUCUCUGUGUGUAUGAGUGUUUGUGUGUGAGUGAAAGAGAGAGAAAGAGAGCAGUAGAAUGUAGAAAAAGUAAACAAUAGAAAAAGUAAUUAGCGCUGUAUUUGACUACUAUCUUAAAGGGACACACACGGUGAAUCUCAUAGCCAUAGGUGUACAAAAGCCAGUUAAAGCCACUUCUUUUCUUAAGAAAUGUUUACAAACCACCACAGUGCAGACAACUGUCUCCGUCCAGAGAUUUUGUUGUUUUGGAACAUGUCUGUGUUUAAAAGUCUAUGUGACCACUGGAGAAAGGACUUUUUUUCCUUCACCAGACUGUGAUUGUUUAAUUGUCUAACAUGAUGAAGGUGUUUGAAAAAAGUGUGUCUGUGAUGGUGGAAUAUAGAAAAUCUUUGGAUGUUAUUUGUUGGUGUUGAUUGCAGAGAAUUUGUAUAUUGUGUGUGUGAACUCUUAUCACACUUAUCUGAUAACAACAGCAAGGGGAUGAAUGCACUGAAACUCCCAGUUGUCAGGACAACAGAGAAUGAAUGCACUGAUGAUCUUAUCAAACCUCACCUGUCCGUCCGCCAACACCUGAGCGUGCUGAAGAAUGAAGUAGCUUCUAUGUCUGUUAGUGUACGUGUGUGUGUGUGUGAAUUGCUUGCGGUUGAAUGCAGACAUGUACAAUAUGUUGUGACAGAGCACACCUUGCUGUUACAAAAGAAAAUUCUGCAAGGAAUUUUUCACAAUAUGUGCAUUUCUCAUUAAAGCUGCUCAUGUGAUGGCUUAGAUAAGUGUCAAGAUAUCUCAACAGCUUAUAGAGUGUUUAAAAAGUAAAGAAUAUCAGCGUACUCUGGUCAAAUAUUAAUUGUUUAUUAGGAGCGAGUGACUCGUUUCGCCGUUUGCUUCCUCAGGUUGGCUUCCUCUUAGAGCUCAGCUUAGAGAGUGUUACCCAAAGUCAGAUAUCCAUCUCUCAGUUUCGCACGUAGUAGUUUGGGGCGGUUUACAGGGUGUGUUGUGGGUUUUGAACAGGUCCGUCUCUGUCAAAGGAGAUAAUAAUCUGAGAUUUCCACUGCGAUUGGUGAUGUUGCAAUAAGAAUCAUUGGAAACACAUUCCCACGUCACUCACACAAACCUGGCUCACCUCUCCAGAGCGCUCUGAGAAACGAAAUGAAGACCGCAGCUUCACAUGUGUCAACCUGUCGUUGUUCCGCCUAGCACCUUAGGAAAGCUUGACUUUCUUUGUUUUAUUUGUUUGACUUUUGAUUUAUAAUCUGUUUUGUUUUUGUAAAAUGGGCUCCAACCCCUGUAACAGCCCUAAAGAGGGGGGGUCAUUCCAAGUACGUGGUUUAGUGACUUACCCUCACAGCAGUGGUGUAGUUUACGUGACUACGCAGUAUACCCUCUUAAAAAGCAUCACAAACUCAGUAUACUUAAAAUGAGCAAGGAUACGUACAGUAUUAACAUUUGGGGUUGAUCACAGUAUACCCACUACAGCUAACUAGACUACACGACUGCCUCAGAGUAAGUUAACUUAGAUCCCUCGAGCCACAAGCAUAGCUGGCCCUGACCUGAUCUGGACUCUCUCGGACUCUCCAGCGCAUUGCAGCUCCCCCACACCAAUCUUAGCCAAGACCUCACAGACGGAGGAAUUGUCCUGGUUAGUGAGAGAGAAACAGAGGGAGGGAAAUAGAGGGAAAGAGAGAGAGAGGGUGGGGGAAUGAGAGGAGGGCAGAUUACCACAGUGGGAAUCAGCAGUGCAUCAGAACACAAUGCUCAUUGUACAUUACUAGAGUGAUAUCAUGUGGAAUGUAUAUAUAUAUAUUAACAAAAUAUAUAGAAAACACCAUAGACAAAUUGGGUUGAGUGCUAUCUCUGUCCUUUCUUAAAAGCACCAGAGCUGGGAAAUGGUAUUAAGGUUCUCUCCGCACAUGUGUCUUACUCUCCCCAUCCUGCCGCUCAGGCUCCUCAACACAAACAAUGUACUUGGGUCAUUGGGAGGACCAUUGUCCUCGGUAUAGAUAUCACCCAUCACCACUGUGUCCUCAAACAGUUCAAUGUCAACGAGGCUGGGACUUGACGUCAGUGCUACCAUUUGCCAUUUAUAGUUGAGAGAUUGGGGAAAAACCUAAAAGAAUAGUAAAAUAGUAAUGGCUUUAGUGGCCACAGUGCCAUUGUAUGCAUCUGAGAUCUCAGUCCCAGGACAGUGGAGGGUUGGUUUAAUGUACCCAGGGAGACACAUCUCACCUCUUAGUGAAGAGCAUGGAGAAUGGGAUGCUAGGCAAUGAGCUGUAUAGGCAUAUGAUAGACCCAUUCCUUUAACCAUGAUUACAGACCCGUCCAAUUUCUGGUAGUCUUUAAUUCAUAAGACAUAAUGAAAUCAAAUCAUUUGGUCAUUCUUUUGGUUAACUCAGAUUUGAUAUAGUUUCACUUUAUUUUUCAAGGAGGCUUUGUGUUCUUGUUACUUUGUUAAUAGUUUGAAGUAAUUUCCCAUGUACAGUACCAACCAACUGCAACGCAUAUAGGCCGCAGGACAGUGUUUUAUGCAAAUGACCACAUCCACGUAUUAACCGCAGUGCCCAGAGGCCCAAUGAAUCACAAUCUGAUCAGUGCUUUAAUCAGAAAGAAGAAUGAAGAAAAGAAGCCAGCCUAGCGUAUUGCCUUGUAUAGCCAGCCCUUGUGUAUUAGAACCUCAUAGCUGAAAAGAUAGAUCAAAACCAGUGUAUAAACCUCGGGUCUUAGGCAGGAAAUUACUGAGACGUGCAUUGAAUAAGUAGACUAAAAUAAAGUAAGGCCUCCACUUCUCUGUGUGGUCUAUGGUUUUGACUCACAGUAAAGCCCACAAACUUUUCCUGUUGUGUGUGUGUAUGUGUAUUCAGGUCCAUUUACCCCCUGAGUUACUGUUUUUACUCAUUCCUCACUUGUAUUAAGAGACAAUGAUGAUUGAUUAUAGUCAUACUACUUGGUGUACAUACCAUGUGAUUUACCCCACUCCCUCAACAAGAGUGUUUUGGCAUUCCAUACACUACAUAUGCUACAAACAGAUGCUACAUAUAAUACAUGAAACACACAGGGAAUUUCAUGCAUAAGGCCAUGCACAGGUGACUGCCAAUCUGUGAUUUGUUUUUUCUACUGACAGGUAUACACAGAACAGUUGUGGGGUUUUUUUGUAACUGUUGACUCACUUGUGUGCUGAUGUGGAUGCAUUAGGUUACAGAAUGUGACAAACACACAAACAUACACAAUCACAUACACAUAUGCACACACACAACCUAGAAUGUACCUGAUAGGGAUUGGAUACAGAGCUGCUUUCUUGAAGUCUAUAUAUCUGUCCACAUGCCCAACGUGUGCCAUGUUACAGAUGUACAAGGGAAGAACAUCUAAAGGGCUUCCAUGUCAUUUUUUAUUUUAAUUUAUAUGUGAUCAUGUACUGUAAAUGUAACAAUAAAGCCAUGUUUUGAAUGAC